AUGGACACCUCAUCUCGGACAAAGGAGUCAAACGAUCUACUCUACUAUUGCUCAAAAGGCGAUAUACAUGGCGUCGAUGAAGAAUCGCGGAAAGACGGAGUAGAUCCGAACGUACGAGAUGCGGAUGGAAACACACCUUUGAUACUGGCUACAGAAGCAGGUCAUACAAUCAUUGUUGAAAUGCUACUUUCACGCUUUCCACAAAUACGAAUUGAUCAAGUGAAUCACCUAGGACAAAGCGCUUUGAUGAAGGCAGCCAUCCAAGGUCGAGUAACAUGUGCACGAGCUUUGCUAAGAGCUGGAGCCGACCCUACCUUGCGAGAUUUCUCUCGAGGUUUUUGUGCACUUGAGUGGGCUGAGUAUGUAGGACGAACAGAGUGCAUGCAAAUUAUCGCACAUUACAUGCUAAAGCCGGGAAAGCGCGAAAAAGCGACAUUUACUGCUAUGAUUGGCGAUCUACAAAAGAUGACUGCCGCAGCAACGAUACCAGUCUUAGGAGAAACCGUCGACACCCUCGUGCCGUUACCACGACCUCGUUUAGGCUCCGCACCCAUUCCCAGACUGGAAAUUACCGUAGCUCCAGACUUGGGACCAAGAAAUAACAGCUACAGCUGUCAUCGAAAACGUCGACCAAAGAGUGCAAUGGCCUAGUACA